AUGGUUCUAUUGAAUAAGAGUUCCUUCACAAACAACCCACCUCCGCCUAGUAAGUCCAACAAAGACGCUGAGAAAAAUGAGGGUAAAUCCGAGGCAUGCCCGUCUACCCCUAAGGCAAGUACUCUUCCUUCACCUUCUAUUGAACCUUAUAUUCCUAAACCUUCGUUUCCUAGUAGGCUGGCAAGACGAAAACAAGAACAUAGGGAUGAGAAGUUGAUCGAGAUGUUUAAAAAGAUUCAGAUAAAUAUUCUCCUCAUGAACGCAAUCCAGCAGAUUCCCAGGUAUGUUAAAUUUCUCAAGGAACUCUGCACCGACAAGAGGAUAGGUAAGGAUAAGGAACGGGUUGUGGUAAGUAAGAAUGUAUCAGAUCUAUUUAAACAAAAUAUGCCUAGAAAAUGGCGAGACCCAGGUAUGUUCACUUUACCCUACAUUAUUGGUAAUAGAGUCAUUCGUCAUGCUAUGCUUGAUCUAGGAGCCUUUACUAAUGUCAUGCCUUAUCAUGUGUAUGAGGAUCUCAAUUUGAAUGAUUUGCAAAAAACUACUAUGUGCAUCCAAUUAGCUGAUAGAACUUAUAUCCAGCCCCUAAGGAUAGUGGAGGAUGUGUUAUUGCAAGUUAAGGAUUUGAUUUCUACAUUUUGA